AAACAACAAAUUUCAUUUUCAUAGUUAUAGAUUUAUAAAACCAAAGUCUUCUUUCUGAGCAAGAGUUAGAUUUUUUCAACAUGAUUAUUACUAGUAUGAAAUCUUGAUUGUGUAACAGAUAAAUAGAUUCUGUUAGGUAAUAGCAAAGUUGAAAACUUUUUGAAAGAAACAAAACAAGAUGAAAUCCAUGAAUGACAGUAGUAGUAACUCUGAUGACAGAAACAACAACAACUGGUUAGGUUUCUCUCUCUCACCCCACAUCAAAAUUGGUGAUGAACUUUCUUCUUCUCCUCUUCAUAAUCAUUACCAACAACCUUCUUCAGCUUCCAACACUGUUCCUACAUCUUUCUAUUUUUCACCUUCUCAUUUCACCAACUCUGCUAUCUGUUAUGGUGUUCCUGAAAAUGCUAACUUUCAUUCCCCUUUAACUGUUAUGCCUCUUAAGUCUGAUGGGUCUCUUUGUAUCAUGGAAGCUCUUGGUAGAUCACAAUCACAAGUGAUAGUGUCAUCAUCUUCAUCUCCAAAACUAGAGGACUUUCUAGGUGGUGCAACAAUGGGAACUCAUGAUGAAUAUGUUAGCCAUGAAAGAGAAGCAAUGGCUUUAAGUUUGGAUAGUAUUUACUAUAAUGGUCAACAAAAUGCAGAUCCUCAUCAAGCUAAUAGAGACCAUUCACUUGAACUUCUUUCAGAAUCAUUCAGACAACAAACAUCAUCACAUCCAUAUUAUGCAGCACUUGGUUAUCAUGGAAUGUUUCAAACACCAUUAGAGGUAGUAGUAGAAUCAAAGGAAAACACAAACCAUGUUGACGUUUGUAGUUCUCAAAUGCCUCAAAAUUGGGUGUCAUCAAGAGAUUAUUCUUCUUCUGCUUCUCUGACUUUGGAGCAACAAAUGAACAAUGGUGGAGCUGGUUCUGGUGCUGCUGAUGGUGGAGGAGGUGGUUCUGUUGGUACUGUAGGGUGUGGUGAGUUACAAUCUUUAAGUCUUUCAAUGAGUCCUGGUUCUCAAUCUAGUUGUAUUACUGCUCCUAGUCAGAUCUCACCUACUGGAACAGAAUCAGUGACUAUGUCUAUGGAUGCUAAAAAAAGAGGAGCUGCUAAGCUUGGACAGAAGCAACCUGUCCAUAGGAAAUCUAUUGACACUUUUGGACAAAGAACUUCACAGUAUAGAGGUGUCACAAGGCAUAGAUGGACUGGUAGAUAUGAAGCACAUUUAUGGGAUAACAGUUGCAAGAAAGAAGGACAGACUAGAAAAGGAAGACAAGUAUAUUUGGGUGGUUAUGAUAUGGAAGAGAAAGCUGCAAGAGCUUAUGAUCAAGCAGCACUUAAGUAUUGGGGACCUUCAACACAUAUAAACUUCCCGUUAGAAAAUUACCAAAUUCAACUUGAGGAAAUGAAGAACAUGACUAGGCAGGAAUAUGUUGCACAUUUGAGAAGAAAAAGCAGUGGUUUUUCUAGGGGUGCUUCAAUGUACAGAGGAGUCACAAGACACCACCAACAUGGUAGGUGGCAAGCUAGGAUUGGAAGAGUUGCUGGUAACAAAGAUCUUUACCUUGGAACAUUCAGCACUCAAGAGGAAGCAGCAGAAGCAUAUGAUGUAGCAGCAAUAAAAUUCCGUGGAUCGAAUGCUGUCACAAAUUUUGACAUCUCUAAAUAUGAUGUUGAAAGGAUCAUGGCUAGUAAUACUCUUCUGUCCGGCGAGCAUGCAAGGAGAAUCAAAGAUAACGUUCCACUUAUCGAAUAUAACAACGAUACUAAUGUAUCGAGCCAGAACAUUGGAGAAGCUGCCCAAGUUCGAAACAACAAUGAAAAUGAUUCUAAAUGGAAGAUGGUAUCAAAUAGUUGUGACCAAAAAAAUGUUGUGAAUUCUAGUGGAAGUUACAAAAAUUCAGAUUUCUCUAUGUGUUUACAAGACCUUGUUGCUGGCCAACAACAUGUGUUGGAUGAUUCUAACAAGAUUGGGACUCAUUUUUCAAAUCCAUCUUCAUUAGUGACAAGUUUAAGCUCUUCAAGAGAAGCUAGUCCUGAUCAUAAAACUGGUCCUUCUCUACUUUUUCCAAAGCUUCCAAUGGAAUCAAAAAUUGCUACUAAUGGUGUUAGUUCUUGGUUUCCUUCACAAGUAACAAAUCAAAUGAGGCCAACUUCUUCUAUCAAUUUGUCACAUUUUCCAGUUUUUGCUGCAUGGAAUGAUGCCUAGAAAAAAAAAGGGUAAAAUGGGAAAGAAAAUAUGUAUUGAAAAAUCAUAUGGGUAUAUUUAUUUUUCCAAAGGGUAGAUUGGGAAAUUGGGGGGUUUAGUUAAUGAAUCAAUGUUUUAGACUUUGGUCCACUUUGUAUGUUUUCAUUAUUAUGUAACACAAGGGUAACAUUGGACUUUACAAACAUAGCCUUUUGGCUAUAUGUUGGAAUGAAUGAGAAUAUGCAUAUUGGAGGGAAAAAGGAAUUAAUUAAAGGUGACACUAAUGAUUAAAUUCUAUAUGAAAUGAUAUUUGACAAUA